AUGAGCAGAUCUGCCUCUCUGAACGCGCCUCGGACAAUCGCCCGCGGGUUGACUUCCCCACGCUCACGUACAAACCAGCUUCCCAGCACAGGAGGUCGGUGUGCUACAGGAUAUCACAGCAUGACGAUUGUAAUUUCCCGACACAGGGUCAAGCAAUGCUUUAAACUGGUGUGCCUCAGCGGGUGCUCAAUGGCAAGGCCUAUGGGCAGAGAUGGCAACGCAGCUGCCGCUCACUUCUUUGACUUGAGGGUCAUUGAGAGCCAGUCCAGCCCCUCGAACAGGCCCUCACCCUUGAUGGCAGAGGUCUUGAAGAUGGACCAUGCCCGCGUCUUGAUGCUGCUCAGCCCCAGGCCCUCCGCGACCUCCGCCUGGCUCAAGGCCCCCGGGAGGUCCUGCUUGUUGGCAUAG